AUGGUGAUGGUAAAAUUGGAUUUGCAGGUAGUAGUUCAAGUGGCAGUCAUAGUAGAAGAUCAAGAGGUCAUGGCAGAGAAUCAAGAGGUCAUAGUAAAGGAUCAAAGGGUCAUGGCAAAGGAUCAAGAAGUCGUGAUGAGGGAUCAAAAGGUGGUCAUAGCG